CAACGAGCGCCGCGGCGGCAGGCGGCGUCACAGCAGAAACCUCGGCGAGUGCCGGCCAGCCCAACGGAGAUCUCGAGCCGCAGCACCACCGCAGGCUCCUUUGGAGGGCAAUCGACGAUGGUACUUCUACGUCAUGCCGGUUGGUGCUCCUUCGAAAAACGAAAAUCUGCAACUCCCAGGGCAAUACGGCCGCCGUCAGGAAAUGCCUUGACUCCCUGGCGCCGCUGCGUCGGACCUGCCUUCGCCCGACAACAUUG